AUUGACUGGCUCUUCAACACCACAGAGGGUCCUGAAACUGGACUAUCAGAGACCUCCAUCAACACAGCCAAAGACUCCUUGCAGCCCUCUCUCACCAUCUCUGAAGAGGAGAUUUCCCCUGAGCAGCAGCACUGUGAUCAGGAGUGGAGCCCCAGUCUGGGGCAGGAGGACCCAGAGCCCACACAGAUUAAAGAGGAACAGGAGGAACUCAGGACCAGUCAGGAGGAAGAGCAGCUUCGGCUCUAUGAUACCAACGACUCCAUAUUCACGCCUUCCUGUGUGAAAAGUGAAUGUGAUCAGGAGGACCCAUGUCAAGAAGCCAUACUAGCUGAAUACCCAACUCUCAGUCUACUGAAAAUGUCUAAACUAAAGUUAUUUAGUGUGUUUUUAAAUGAGCGUUUAAUGGCGUCUGCUGCUGUGGAGAUAUUUGGCGCAGUUGAGAAAACUGUAGCUGAGUACCAGGAGGAGAAUGAUAGCCUACGGAGGCUGCUGCGGCUCACCCCAGAGAUAAAAUUAUGUAGAAUAGACUCCCUCCAGUCCUCUCUCGCUGUCUCCGAAGAGGAGAUUCCCUCUGAGCAGCAGCACUGUAAGCAGGAGUGGAGCCUCUGUCUGGGGCAGGAAGAACCAGAGCUCACACAGAUUAAAGAGGAACAGGAGGAACUCAGGACCAGUCAAGAGGAAGAGCAGCUUCAAUGGCUCUUUGAUGCCGAAGACUCCAUAUUCACUCCUCCCUGUGUGAAAAGUGAAUGUGAUCAGGAGGACCCACAUUGGUUCUUGACUCCUCCCCAAACCCAGACUGUGGAGAACAGAGAGAGUGACUCUAAACCAGUGAAUCUCAGACCUUUUGGCACUGUGACUUACCUAAAGGGUCUAGACACUUCCUGUGACACUCCAGAUAAUCAAAACAAUGCCUCCAGCCAUAACUCCGCCAUCAGCAGCGACCGAGUCAGACUGAACAGCAGCCCACUAUUGGAUCCCAGCUCACCAUUGAAUCCAAACCCAUCAGUGGGGGAACACUGUUUGAAGCUCAGCACCACGUCUAGAAAAAUUCACUGCUGCCGUGACUGUGGUGAAGCAUUUGCUCUGAAAGCUGACCUGCAGAGGCAUAUGACUCUAGCCAAGAAAAGACUCAGUGAAUGCCACUUCUGCAAUAAAUGUUAUAACUCCAUCUGUAAACUGAAGGCCCAUGUCAGACUCUGUCACGGUGGGAAAACCUGCACCUGUCCUGUUUGUGGCAAGACCUUCAAAUACAAAAAAGAUCUGUCCAGGCACAUGAGGAUUCACACAGGAGAGAAAUCAUUCCACUGUGGUGACUGUGGGAAAAGCUUCAGUCAGAAGGGAGACCUAAAUAAGCAUAUACGGACUCACACAGGAGAGAAACCAUUUAGCUGUCGUGACUGUGGGAAAAGCUUCAGUCUCAAGGAGAACCUAACCAAGCAUACACUGACUCACACAGGAGAGAAAUAUUUUAGCUGUGGUGACUGUGGGAAAAGCUUCAGUCAGAAGGGGGACCUAAGUAGGCACAUACUGACUCACACAGAAGAGAAGCCAUUCAUCUGUGGUGACUGUGGGAAAAGCUUCCGUCGUAAGGAUAACCUAACAGAUCAUGUUCGGAGUCACACAGGGGAGAAACCAUUUAGCUGUGUUGACUGUGGGAAAAGCUUCAGUGCCAAGGGGAACCUAAACGUUCAUAAAUUGACUCAUACAGGAGAGAAACAACAUGGCUGCUCAGUCUGUGGUAAAAGAUUCACUAAGAAGGCUUCUCUGCUGACACAUGUGAAAAACAUCCACAAAGCAAGAAGACAAGACAAAAAAUGAACGAAGAAAGAAAAUUAGGACAUAGACACAGAGAGUAGAUUUGUACAAUAAAUGCAUUAUGUGGGUGGUAUACUGUAUCAACACAGAAUAAAACAAUACAAGCCCUGUGA